AGUAACUUCUACGUUUUAUUUUCUAAAAACGUUUUAAUCCGACAGGAUAUUCAUUUUCACGGGAAUAAUUGGAUCUUUACUGAUCACCGUCAAGGUUUCCAUUUACAGAUAUGAAGCCCAACAUUACCCUAUUUAUCUGUCUAAUGAUCAUCACAGGACUUUCGGUUUUAACAGUAAUUCAUAGAGCACCCGUCUUUCAGCACCUUUACACAUAUGGAAGUAGAUUCUUCGAUGUCGAUACAAACAUGUCACUGCACAGGGACCUUUUAACCAAGAAUAUGGCAACGCAGGCGCGUCCUGUAAUAAAAAUAUCACCGAAAACAACAAGAAAAGCAACCACUGCCACCGCAACUACAAAUUCAAAUAUUGCAUCAGAAGAUACAAAUACUGUAGCUUACACGGAUAUCUCUUUAAUCAAUUCCCCUAGUUGGUAUUUAAAUAGAAUUCGACUUGAAAAUGUAUUUAUAAACUGUGAAAUAAAAACUUGCCGUGUGAGAAAUGGUUGGGAUUACUUCAACACCAGUGAUGCAGUGGUGUUUUAUGCGGUAGAUUUACCAUUGAAAACGCCACCCAAACGCAUUAAUCGGCACCAAAUUUGGGUAGUUUCUGGAUGGGAAUCUCCGCACCACAAGAGAUGGCACGUGUUUUCAAACCCGGAGUGGAGAAAUCAAAUCAACUGGACCAUGACAUAUCGAUUAGAUUCCGAUAUUCCCGUGCCUUACGGAAUAGUGAAAAAAACUGAGAAUAAAUUCAAUAAAAAUUAUAGUGCAAUUAUGAAAAGUAAAAAGAAAAUGGUAGCUUGGGUCGUAAGUAACUGUCGGACACCAGCAAAACGUUGGAAGUACGUAGAACAACUGAAGGAAAUAGUUCCAGUGGAUGUGUUUGGAAAGUGUGUUUCGGCCACCCCUACAGAUAUUUUCGAAAUGAUAAACAAGACCUACAAAUUCUAUCUCGCAUUCGAAAAUUCACUAUGCAAAGACUAUAUUACGGAAAAGUUUUUUAGAAGGCAAAAUUUAGACGUUGUACUGAUAACCAGAGGUGUUGGGAACUAUACCAAGUUUUAUCCACAAGAAUCUUUCAUAAACUCCAACAACUUUAAAAACGCCCACGAACUGGGAACAUUUCUUCUGAAAUUAGAUAAGAACAACACUGCUUAUGUGAAUUAUUUAAAAUCGAAAGAGAAUUAUAGAUCGGAAGGUUUGGGUCCAUCCACCAUUAAGGGACUGUGUGAUAUGUGUAAAAUGUUACAAGAUAAAACGAUCCAUCGGAAUGUUUACAUGGAUUUUAAUAAGUGGUGGUGGAAUAGUGAUUGUAAUACCAAACCAACAGACAUUAUUUUAUAAAAUCGCCCAAGAGCUGUGAUUCUUCUACCUUUCCAUCUUCAUUAGCCCAGUCGGUGCAGAAAAGUGGUACUUGAAACUCCAUUUCAUUUCCCCUUUAUUUGGAUUCUAUGUU